AUGUUGAACAAAUCGGUACUAACGGUGGUUUUACUCGGCAUUACUUUGGUUAUUCUCGUACAUUCGAAGAUUGAUUUCACGAAUGUUAAAUGCAUUUCCUUCGAUAAUUCUACCAUGUACUUCGAUAUCUGCUUAUUAAAGUCCGUUAAUCGCACCUACAAAUAUUUAACGAUAAGUGCUAGACUCCCAAGAAAGCAACCCACUAACGACAUAAAGGUGAAUUUUGCGAUGCUGCGAAAGGAAAACGGCUACAAACCCUUUCUAUAUAACAUAACCAUUGAUGCCUGUAAAUAUCUGAGAACGCGCAACAACCCCGUCAUUCGCUUCGCACAUCAGUUUUUCGAGAAGUACUCCACCAUCAAUAGAACCUGCCCCUAUGGACAGCAGGAUGAAGUGGUGGAUAAGCUCCCAGUUUCCCACAUCAACAAUUUAGUUACAAACGUGCUUCCGUCCCCUCUCGGAGAUUAUGUUUAUCAAUUGACCUUUUAUUUAUAUGGUAAAAAGUUGGCUAUUGUAAAGGUGUAUGCCUCUCUCAUGAAAUAA